UUUUUUUUUCUCUCCAUUGAACUAGUUAAUUGAAUGGUGAAUCUUGUCGAGAAUAGUGACGAUUAUAACAAUAAGGACAACGGCGAUAAUACCCACUUAUCCGAUGAAACAAUUGAUCAACUUGGAUAUGCUCGACUCACAGCUGCUUCUCUGAGUUGUGCUCCUGCUUCUUCUAUUACUGCUACUUCACCAACAGCUAUCUUUGUCACUGGCCCGACGAAAUCUCCUCCACCAGUUCUGAUGCCACGUCCUCGUCCAGCCGUUCAUCCUACUUUGAAGCUAACAAGUGCAUUUUCUGAACCUGAUCCUAUUUCUCUUCCUUCCAUUACUACUGUGCCUUUGACUACAACAAUACCACCGAAAUUUCCAGAACCAACCCAACAUCAACAAGAAGAGGAAUACGAGUCUCCGGAACAACCUCCAAGCACUUACUUGACACCACCUCUUGCAUCUCCUCUUUCAAUGCCUUUACAAAAAACAAACUCAAUACCGUCAAAAGUAGAUUCUACCAAUUUGGAAGAAAAACCACAAGUAGCUGUUGAGCAACAAUCAUCUUCGCCAACAUCAACCAAAAGGACAUCGCCUUCCACCACUAAAAAUAUCAGCAACAACAGCAACAACAAUGACAACAACGAUAGCAACCAUACUUUGGAACAAAGGAUCACAUCAUCAUCAUCAUCAUCAGCAGAAACUAAUUCCAAUUUGAACCGUCAUCAGCAACCAACCAGCAAAAAGGCAGAUCCUGUGGAUAACCAAUCAUCAUCAGAGCGGCGCAAUCAGCAUAGUGGGAUUUUACCUCGAAAACCUCCUGUUUCUUCCUCUGGUCAUAGCAUUACAGUCUUGACUACUUCUACUAGUGCACCUAUUAUUCCCUCUCCCUUGGUCAAAUCUACAUUGGCGUCCCAACUCUCCAAUUCUUCUUCUUCUUCUUCUUCUUCUUCCUCCUUUUCCUCCUCUUCUAGUUCUCGUGGCUCGACCAAAAAGCAAUCAUCAUCACAACCAUCACGAUCAUCACAUCCAUCAGAACCGCCAAGUAGUCAUCAUCAAAGACUUCAGCGUCCAAUUCGAAAGUCGAUGUCUAGUGAACAUCUUCAGAAAACAGGUCCUUUUGAUCUUUACACAUCAUCACCAGCAACGACGAAACAACAGCAUGCAGGCAUCAUCAAGGAAAAAGUACCAUAUAUCGGCAAGCCACCAACUAGACAACAGCAGCAGGAUUAUCUUUUACGACAAAACAGCUUACUUCGACGACAAGUGGAUGCCUUGCGGUUUGACAAUUGGGAAUCACAAAGACAGCAUCAGGAACUGGCACUUCGUUUGAAAUAUUUGGAAGCGCAAUUAGCAGAAAAAAGGCAGGCUACCACUGGAUCUGUAAAUGAAUACCAACAUCACCAUUAUUACCACCAUCACAGUAUGUUAUCGCCUGAAGAUGUAAUCAAGAAAAAUGGGAAAGUGCAACGACAGCAAUAUGGAUUUGAAAUGAAUGAUGAUACCAAAAAAAACAACGAUGGCGACAAUGACAGCAUGGAAGAAGAAUUAUAUUAUCAUCAUCACCAUCAUUAUCACCAGAGGGACAAAGAUGAAAAGGAUCAAAGACGGAAUUCAUAUGACGAGGAGGAACAAGAUGAAAUAAUGGACAACAAGAGCGCAGUAGAUAAUAGCAAACAUUAUAUGGAAUAUCAAGAAACAAUACCUAGAAACGAAGCAAUUAACAAUAGCCAACCAUACCAACCUACAACCAAACAGAAACGACCAAUAUAUCAGCGAAGACAUUCAUCAUAUAUUUCACCCACAUCAUCGAUUUCGGAUUCUGUGCUAUCACCAAAUCAACGGGUCCAACGACAACAACGACCGGAACAUGAAUUACAUGAAAAUGAAAGGAGACAUGCAACAUUCCCUCUUCGACGUCGCUCAAUCAAUCAACCAGUACCAAUACAAGAACGACAACGACAGCAACAAUCAGGAGGGGGAUCAAGACGUCAACGUAGUCGAAGCGUACCCAAAAAUAGCAAUAUCCCACUUACGCCAUCCUCACAACAAAAACAACAACGGCUUUAUCAUUAUCAACCACGACAACAUUAUCCGCAGCAACAGCAUAUAUCUGAUUUUCCUUAUGAUGAUGAUGAUGUUACUUAUCUAGACAACGAGGAUGUCAAUGACAACAGCAGCAACUACAUGAUGCCUAAUCGUGCGAUGCUUCCACCAAUACUUUCUCGCGAAUUGGACAACGGAGAAGAAGAUAUGGAUGAUGGGUUUAGUGAAGAAAGUGAUCCUAUUGAUGACAUGACGGAUGAUAUCAGUGACGAUUACUAUGGAUACGAUGUCAACAGAGCUGCCGAUGAUGAUGAUGAUGAUGAUGAAUACUUUGAUGAUGACGACGACGAUGAUGAUCAUGUUGAGGCAAUUCUACCACCACGUAAUGCUCGCAGAAUGCCACCACCUCCAUUGAACAAUGUUUACUCUAUGUUUUAUCCACCCUAUGAACGACUGCCGCCACCCAAUAUGUUUAUGAAUGAUCCUUAUUUUGAUCCACGUUUGCAUCCAUUUUCACCUCCAAUUCGAUUGCGCCGACAAAGAUCAGCUACUGCUCCUCAACAGAUCAGACGAAAUCUUUCUACUGAAUUUCGGAUACCUAUGCAUCAACAUUAUCUUCGACGACCACCCAAACCACCAGUUGGAGGAAUGCAAUGGAACCCUCGUCCUUCUCCUUCUACAGCAGCUGCCCAUACUCGACAACUACAAUCAGUUCGAUCACCAACUAAUAGUCAGCGUCGCAUGAAACCACCUGGAGAGGGAACAUCUGUAUCAGCUCGGCCGUCUCCAAGACCUCCUGGAUCCGUUCGAUAUAAUAUAAAACCCCCACCAAAAGUGUCUAGGCGAUUGGAUGAGAAUCAUACACCAAACAAUAGAUCAUCAAGAAACUACCAUGCACCAUCAUCAUUGGACCCAUCAAGGACGAUAUCAUCACCAAAAGUCAAGACUUCCACCGUGCCACUCACUUCGAUACUGAAAACAUCAACAUCCGCCAACAACUGACCAAAAUUUACUACAAUGAUGGAAUGAUGAUAACACUUGUAUUAGUAUCAUAUUAGUACUCCUUUUUAGUUAGUUAAUUAGUUCGUUAGUCAAUGUACACUCUACCAUGUUUAGUUAGUUUUCUCGCCACGGUACCCUUUUAGGUGAAUCACUCUUUUUUUUUUAUAUAUAUUUUAAUAAAGUCACCACCACAACAACAUCAUCAUCG